GCAGACAAUUCUUCUGCGCUUGGAGCAUGUUUACCACCGCCACGAAAACGACGUCGGCGGACGCGAUCGCUGCGUCCAUGAGCACCAUGAAGAUUUGCCAAGGCUCCAAGAUCAACAUACACGAGCACGAUACGUGGUGCAAUCACACUGUGCGCAACCCAAUCGUGAUCUCGGUGUCGGACCCUGAAACGAGAGGCAGCUACAUUAAGAAGUACACGACCUAUGUGGUCCGCCAAGACUCGCAUCCAGUCAGCGUCCGUCGCCGCUUCAGCGACUUUGCGUGGUUGCAUGCUACGUUGUCCGGGCGAUACAUUGGCAUGCUGAUUCCGUCGAUGCCGGAGAAGGUCGUGUACAAGUCGGAUGCGUGCAUUCGCAGUCGCAUGCGAGGGCUCACAAUCUUCCUCAACCAAGUGAUGCGGUCGCCGUAUCUGCGGCAAGACGCAUCCGUCGUCGGGUUUCUCCAUGUCGCCGACGAUGUCGAGUGGGGACAUGUCAAAAAGUCGUCGAGCGUGUUGGAGAAUGCUGGAGUCGGCCAUUUGAAGUGGAUGCAGUGCCUCAUGAGCUCUGUGAUUCCUGAAGACCCAGACAAGUUUCUCGUCGGCAUCAAGCGCGACGUGGAUCACGUCGAAAAAUGCUGCGUCGACAUUGCUGCUGGCACAAAAAAGCUCGAAGAACGAUGCGCCGCGCAGUCGAAGGACCUCUCCGAGCUCCACUUGAUGUUCAAUCAGUGGAAAAACAUCGAAUUCAACGCGUGCGACGAUAAACACUCGGAGCUCAACGCGAUCUUGUCCACGACAACGGCGACGAUCGCAGGAUGGCAUGACGCGCAAUACCAUCAGCCGGUCAUUCACGGCUUGAUACUUCAUGAAGGCAUCAAGUACAUCGCUGCGCAAGUGAAGGAUUUCAAGGACAUUCUCAAACAGCGCGAUGCCGCUUUGGCGCAGUACGACAAAGCAACGAGACCUCCCGUGGCCCCACCCAAAGCGACGUCGUACUUUCCACGAUAUGCCGCGGAGCCGAGCGUCGCGGAAAUCCAAGCGUCGGCCAACCGCCACGAACACGUUGCGACGUGCAUUACGCGUGCGCUGUUCUUCUCGGAAGCCAAGCGCAUCAAGUCGCUAAAGGCGCAGUUGCUGCGGGAUGCCAUGGGGCCUUUUGCGUGUGCGGAAUACCACGUGUCCAAGCGCAUGGCGACAGUGUGGAGCAACUUUAUGUCGGCUGCAGAUAUCUCACAACAGGACAUGCUGGCUGCGGCCAAAGCGGUGCUGGACUCGGCCGAUGCCGCCACUGACUCGCCCGACAACCAAAUCGACUCAACGACGUAAAUGAACGACCCACGAGGGAGAGAGCGUCGUUCAAACGAUGCGAUCGGGUAGCAGUAUACAACGAAUCGAUCGAUGAUGUUGCAUGCGGAUGGACAUUGCCGGGACGUCGGCUUCGGGAACCUCUCGGGUAGUGCUGCUCAUUCGUUUACGUGGACACAUAUUGAACGAACAUCCUUGACGCCUUUCACGC